UGGUUCAUGAAAUAUUUAUUGGUGAUGGCGGUAGUUAUUAUGGUGGUGGUGAGAGUGAUUGGUUCACAUGAUUAUGGAGAUGCAUUGACUAAAAGCAUUUUGUUCUUCGAAGGUCAAAGAUCAGGGAAACUACCCCCUACCCAAAGAAUGACUUGGCGAAAAGAUUCUGCUCUUCGCGAUGGUUUUGAGAUCGGUGUUGAUUUGGUGGGUGGAUAUUAUGAUGCUGGUGACAAUGUUAAAUUCAACUUUCCAAUGGCAUUCUCAACAACAAUGUUAGCUUGGAGCGUUAUAGAGUUUGGCAAUUACAUGGGUCUUGACCAACAACAUGCACUUGAAGCUAUUCAAUGGGCUACAGAUUACUUUCUCAAAGCCACAAGCAUUCCUGGCAUUGUAUUUGUUCAAGUUGGUGAUCCACACGGUGACCACAAUUGCUGGGAGAGACCUGAGGACAUGGACACUCCAAGAACCCCUUUUGCUGUCUCCAAAAACUUCCCUGGCUCAGAAGUUUCUGCUGAGAUGGCCGCUGCUCUUGCAGCCGCCUCCAUUGUGUUUAGGCCUAUCAACCUUGCGUAUUCUGCCAAGCUUCUCAAAAGGGCUAGAAUGAUUUUUGAUUUUGCAGAUACUUACAGAGGAUCUUAUAAUAGCAGUCUUGGAACUUGGGUGUGUCCAUUUUACUGUGACUACAGUGGCUAUGAGGAUGAAUUGAUAUGGAGAGCUGCAUGGUUAUAUAAGGCGACAAAAGCACCAAAUUACAUGAAUUGCGUUUUGAAUAACAGAAAUAACUUACAGGAAAUAGUUGUAAAGAAUAUAAAUGGUGUGAGCUACAGUGGAGGUAGCUUUACUGAAUUCGGAUGGGACAGUAAGCACGCUGGCAUUAAUGUACUUGUUUCUAAGUUGCUACAGCAAAGUGGUACUUCUAAUUUAGAUCCAUUUGUCCCCAAUGCCGACAAGUUUGUUUGCACUCUGUUGCCUGAGUCACCUACUCUCUCCGUCUCGUACUCUCCAGGAGGACUUGUUUUCAAACCUGGAGGAAGUAACUUGCAACAUGCAACGGCAUUGUCGUUUCUUCUUCUAGUUUAUUCUCGCUAUUUAAAUGAGGCCAAUAGAGAGGUUCAUUGCGGUAGUAACGUUAUUGCCACUACCAACAAGCUUGUAAAAUUCGCAAGAAGCCAGGUGGAUUAUAUACUGGGAAGCAAUCCAUUGAACAUGUCGUACAUGGUGGGAUAUGGCAACAAAUUUCCUCAACGGAUACACCAUCGAGGCUCAUCUCUACCUUCAAUGGCGGAUCAUCCUAGUCAUAUUGACCGUGAAAUUGGAAGUCAAUUCUUUAACAGUCGCAAUCCAAAUCCAAACCUGUUAGUAGGUGCUGUUGUUGGAGGACCAAGUGUUAAUGAUUCUUAUAGUGAUUGGAGACCCGAUUUUAUAUAUUCGGAGCCAACUACAUAUAUUAAUGCACCUCUUGUUGGUCUCUUGGCUUAUUUCAGAUCACAUCCAUCUCCAUAG